GCAUCAAUUCUUCAGCGAUCAGCCUUCUUUAUGGUCCAGCUCUUGAAUAGGACACGCCAAUUUUCAUUGGAGAAAUGUUGGAGAGUAUGCUAAUGCUGUUCAUUUCAGACCUAUUCAGAUAACCAAGCACUUCCUUUAUCCUAGAUUUCCUGAGAUCCUCAUCCACAUAGAAGUACAUUAAGGCAGGUUCUUUGCUUGUGGAGGAUGAGGUAAUAUUUACACGACUGGUAGAAAAGAGAGAAGGUUUCAUUGGCUCUGCUGCUGUUUACCAGGCUCAUUGUUAGGGCAACAUGUCACCCAUGGAGACGGAAACAAACCCAAGCAGCACUUGGCAAUAAAGACACAUGUGUGCUGUAUCAGGCUGCUUGGAAAAUAGCUACAAUAUCACUUUCAUUUGCAAGGCUGGUGCGGAAUUUAGGAACAAAGGUGGCAAUUUGCACCUGACCAUCCAACGUUUUCCUGGCUCCCUGAGCUACGUCAGUCCAUCCCGGUUUGGAUUAGGGCUACUGAUAGCAGCCUGCCAUUGUCACAUCAUCCGGAAAGGUCAGUGAUUGCUUGGGUCAGCAGGCAUUUGUGGGUUGUCCUGCUACAUUCUAAUGCUGCAUAGUUUUUCAUUGAAAUUUAAAAUGGUUGCAACCAGUUCCGAGUUCUUGUGUCAAAAGAAAACUAGGAUAUAUAUUUUUCCCCCAAAAGAAAAAUAAGCAUGUAGAAUGUUUUUUCAAGCCUAAUUGCUAAGGGAUGUGUGUUGAGCACGAAUGCAUGUAGGUUAGCCAUUUCUAUUGCUGGUAUGCGGCCCCCAGAGGCUUCUCUAAGAGGGAACGUGGCCCUUGGAAUGAAAAAGGUAGAGGAAGGAAUUCUAGGGAAUUCAAUGUGAAGAACAGCUUGUUUUCCCCUCUCCAUGCUCUCAGUUCCUGGGCAUUUGCUGAGGAGUCAGAUACUUCAACAGCAUAAACAAGCUCAGUCUUUUAUAUAUUGAACUCAUGGCGCAUUUCUUCCUUUCCCUUCUUUUCCCCUUCAGGUUUUCAGCAGAAAUGUUUGUAACUGUGCUUCAUGGUGAAAACAGGGCAGACAUUUUUAACAUUCACUGUGAAGUCCAGCGGCUCCUAGAUGGCAUCAAACGCCGCUGUGGCUGUGAGGACGAAGAUGAUAUAGAGUUAGCAGACGAGAGUGGCCAGGUGAAGAAUUUACUCCAGAACAAGCAGUGCUCCGCAACUGAGCUUCUGGGGGAACGUGAGGCCUAUGUGCUCCUGGGUGUUACAAGAGGUGAAAGGCCUUCCAAGAGAAUAUUUACACCUCUGUUGAAAGAUGAGUCAGUCAUUAAUGCUAAGUUCCUAGCUAAGCUAGAGAGCUGGCAAGAGCGCAAAGUCCCCUCUCCGAGAGUAAAAUCCAGAAAGACCCACAAAAAAGCAACCUUGGAUAUCCCAGCUGCUGAAGGCUUAAGGAAUCAUUCGCCUCACAGCAGCAGAACAAGGACACCCAUUGCUUCUCCAAAACAAAGCAGAAAAUUAUGAUCUCUUGUUGGAUCUGAAGUCGGAAUUUCUUCCAGUUUGUGGAAAUGUACCUGUUUAUGUAUGUUCCUGAGUGUCCCCUGCUCUGAGCUUAAGUCCGCAUAACAAGGCAGGCCAGGAUUCUGAAGCCUGCAUUGUGAUUUGCUGCCUAGGCACAAAACAGCCAAUCAGGUGUGAGGUGGGUGUCGCCAAGGGCUGGCUGAAGUAUAUAUAAAUCAGAUCCUAUUCCCUGUUUCACUCAAUCUGUUCCUGAUGUCUCACUAAAGCCUUUAAGCUGAAUCACUGCCUCUCACUUGAACCAAGGCUGGAUCUAGACACAUCAAAGAAGUGUUUCAGUUAAACACGUACAUUUAAACAGGGAAAUCUGGUAGGUAAAAACGGGACCCCACAGCACCAUCUGGUGGCACAGUGUUAUAUUGCAUAUACAACACAUAUAAAUCACUUUUUCUUUACCAAUCUAGCUGAGUCCCCACAUAUACCGGUACCUUUUUCUGUUUCUUUGUGCAAAUGUGAAUUUUUAGGCACCUUACCCGACAAUAAGGUGCCUUGAAUGCUAUAGGACUUACUGAAUAAACAGGGAUAUAACAUUGUACUCUAGAUGUGCUGGAUUGGACAGGGUUGGGGAACUUGUGAUCCUUCAGAUGUUAAUUUUUGUCUCAAUACGUACAAGUUUGACUAAGGUUAAUUCAACAAAAGGCAUUCUCCACUAUGUUUCUCUCUCUUUGCCUCAACCGUUGUAGGAACAAUUUUGUGAGUCAGCCAAUGCUACAGUCAUUCUGCACCAGAAUUCCCCAAGGCUUAUUUCUGAGAGUUGUUUCCAAUCUUACUCACCAGUCCUAGAAAUAGUAAUAAAAAGAGAUGGUGUUUUUGAGCACACUGGUGAUAUUUCACAGUGCAAGGGAAGCUGCUAUACUAAGGAUGGUGCAAGACUGUUAAGAAAUGAUGUGUGGAGAUGUGAGAAACCAGGUCAUGACCUUCUCCAAAGAACAGAUUAAUAAAUAAUAUUUUUAGAAAUAAUACAACAAAAUCCAAAACACAGUUCACCAAUGAAUAAAUUCCUCUGUUCCAUCCAGACUUUUUUUAGGUCAAUCAGAUGACUUUGAAACUAAAUGGUUCUUGGCUAAUGUUGACAUUUUAAAAAUUUUAUUUUAUGGUAUUGCAUUUAUUUCCCACCAAGGUGGUACAUGGUUCUCCCCUUCUCAUUUAAUUCCCCAGACAACCCAUGAGGUUGGUUAGGUUGAGAAGCAAUGACUGGCCCGAGGUGGCCCCAGUGAAUUUCAUGGCUGAGUAGGGAUUCGAACCCUGGUCUUCCAGGUCCUAACUGCUACACCACUUUGGCUAUAUAUAUGCUAGCAGCAUGGGAGUUGCAGGCUACUUUUUGACCCAAAGCAGU